UAUAAUGCUCAUAAAUUUUAGAAUUUUUUUUUAAGAAAAAUAAUUUAUUUCAAAAUAAAAAAUUAUUCCUUAUUUUGAAAAAUCCAUAAUUUAAAACAAAAUGUCCUGUAAUUCUAAAUUACUGCUCUCUUCGAUUCUAUUCAAAUCUUUCAACUUUUUUGGUGUCUCUAGAUUUAGUAUUAUGUCGACCACUUGCCCAUUCCUGUCCCGGCUGCCUGCUGCAUUUAUCAGAAACUACAGUAGCACCUUGAUCAAGGAUUAUGCUGACAAAUGUCCGUUUAUGUUGGCGGCAGCCUCGAAUCUUAUUUCAACGACGCCUUCCAAAGCUCGAUAUUCUAGUUUAGCAUCUUCAACGUGCGAGAAUAAAGUUCUUGAAGAUGCGCAAAAGUUAUUCGAGGAACCUAAAGAUUCUUCAGGAACUAAAUCUUUUUUCAACUACGACGCCUACUUCAAAGAAAAACUCGAUCAGAAAAAGUCGGAUCAUUCUUAUAGAAUUUUCAAAAAAAUAGGCCGUAUCGCCAACGAAUUUCCUUUCGCCGAAGAAUACAGCUCUAUUGCCCAGAAGGUCACCGUUUGGUGCAGUAAUGAUUACCUGGGCAUGAGUCGGCACCCGGUCGUUAUACAGGCUGUCAUCGAUGCCCUAGAAAAGUACGGAGCUGGUUCCGGUGGAACUCGUAACAUAGCUGGAAACAGUAUUUUGCAUGAACGUUUGGAAGAAUUGUUAGCCCGUUUGCACGCGAAAGAGAAGGCUUUGCUUUUCACUUCUUGUUACGUGGCUAAUGAUACUACACUUUUCACGUUGGCUAGAUUGUUACCAGGUUGCCACAUAUUUUCUGAUUCUGGGAAUCAUGCCUCGAUGAUUCAAGGCAUACGCAAUAGUCUAGUUCCUAAACAUAUUUUCAAGCACAACAAUCCUGAUCACUUGGAAUCGUUAUUGAAGCAAGUGGACCCGCAUAUUCCUAAAAUUGUAGCCUUCGAAACUGUUCAUUCUAUGUCAGGGGCCAUAUGCCCAUUAUCUACCUUAUGCAAAAUAUCCCAUCAAUAUAAUGCCUUAACCUUCGUAGACGAGGUCCAUGCCGUAGGAUUAUACGGCUCGCGCGGAGCUGGAAUAGGUGAGAGGAAUGGUUGUGCCAACGCUAUGGAUAUGGUUACAGGAACUUUAGGUAAAGCCUUUGGAAGUAUAGGCGGUUACUUGGCAGGUACAACCAGUCUCAUUGACUCGGUAAGAAGUUAUGGCUCUGGAUUCAUAUUCACUACUUCCCUGCCACCCACGGUUUUAGCAGCGGCUAUAGCUUCUAUUCAAAUAUUGAUGAGUUCUGAAGGGGUUUUGUUACGUGAAAAACAUCAACAUAAUGUUAAAUAUCUUCGAAAUUCUUUAAUGCAAGAAGGUAUUCCUGUCCUACACACGCCUUCCCAUAUCAUUCCUAUUAGUAUUGGAGAUGCUGAGAUAGCAUCCAAAAUCUGCGAUCUUUUGCUAACUCGUCAUGGCCACUACAUACAAUCUAUAAACUAUCCUACAGUGCCAAAGGGAGAAGAAAGAUUAAGGUUAGCUCCUACCCCUUUCCAUACGAAAUCCCUUAUGGAUGCUUUAGUCCACGACUUCAAAAGCGUAUGGAAUGAUAUGGGGCUUCCUCUUAAAACCCCGACCUGCCAAUACAACUGCGAAUAUUGUCUCAUGCCGCUUCGAUUUGAGAUGUACGCCUCUAGAAGUGAUUUUAUGCCUUGCUCCGAUAUAGAUUGUCCAAAACUUCGAGAUUAUCAAGCCGUUACCGGUGGUGGAUGAAAAUAUUUACAAUUUUUUAUAAAAUAGAAAGAUCAUAAUUGAAUUUACUAUAAGCUUUUUUUUAUAUUAUUAUAUUAGCUAUGGUCUGGGUUUCGAUAUUUUUAUUAUAUUUAUUUUGUGUUACGCAUAUUUAUUAAAAGGCGCAUUGUACUCAAUUUAAAAAAUUCUGAAUCAAUAAUUUAUGUAGCUUAUUAUAUAAAUUUGUGUUAAAUUAUUAUAUAACCGACUUUUUGUAAUAUCUAAUUACCCAUUUAAAUUCAUAGCCCAAAAUUUAUAAGAUUUUUUAUAUGAAUUAGUCAAACUUUCAAAUAUUACCGUAUAUUAAAUUACAUCCAACCAUUUCAUAAUCCUUUUUAUUUCUUAUAAUAACUUUUAUGUCUCCCUUUUUUUAAUGUACAUAAUUCUCUUAAAGUACAAUCAGUGGCGUCGUUGGGGGAGGGAGGGGGCACGUGCUAAAAGUGUCAAAAUGUAAUAGCAUUUCUAAAAUAUACCAAAUCUUUUUUCCGAGCACGCUUAUAUGAUAGAGGCUAACGACGCGACUGAGUAAAAUAUCUUUUUUUGGUUAAAAUGAUGAUAAAUUCAUUCGCUUUAACUUAUAUUUUUACGCACGCACAACAAAAUAUCUAGGUCAUUUUUUCGCACAUUUUAUAUUAAUUUUAUUAUUAUAAAUUUAUAAAAGAUUAAACUAAUAAAAAAAAUAUUUUGUA